UGUUUUGGAGUAACGGGGAUUUCUUCACGAAACCAAAAUAACCACCACCACCAAUAAUAAAAGUAAUUAGACUUUUAAUUAUCGAUAUUUUGAGAUAUAUAUAAAGGACUAUUUGGUGAGUUAAUAAAAUGACGCUCCAAGAUUCAGAAAACCCAGAUGUCACUCAAGAUGAAGUUGAAGUUUUAUUACCCAACACAACUAUUGUCACACAUUGUAUUCUUAAAAAUGACAUUCCAAGACUAACAAAAUCUUUCGAAGAUGACACAGACCCAUUCAAGGAAAUAAUAGCCGAGCUUAUAAAUCAGAGGGAUGACAAUGGAAAAUCUCCAUUAGAUAUUGCCUGUACUUUGGGAAGAGCUGACAUGGUUAAAGAAUUGUUACAAAGAGGGGCUGACAUAAAUGCAUCAACAGGAAAAGGUUUUUGCGCACUACAUCAUGCCUCAGCAUGGGGACGUCUUCCAGUAAUCAAGGUCCUCGUUGAGUUCAACUGUAACCUCCAGCAGCGUAACACAAAUGGGGAAAGGGCAAAAGAGACCGCAGUACGAUACAACCACGCAGAAUGUGUCGAUUACUUGGACUGGGCUGAGGCAAGAUCAUUCUUGGCUGAAACUUGCAGAACAACACAGGAAACUGUCCAGGACCCAGAAAAAGUGAUGGGAAGAUUAACGAAAGAAGAUAAGGGUAUAGUUUUAAACAGCUGUAAAGAAAAGCUUGAAUGGAUAGACAACAACCCAGGUGCAACCACACAAGACUUUUUAGACCAGAAAGCUGCCCUGGUGGAAGUACUUGGACCAAUUCUGCUUAAAAUCUCUGAGCCACGCACUCAUAGUGCUAGGAGUGCAAGAAGUGCCAAGAACAAAAAGUGUGACAUAUCGCAGUGUGACAUACCAAAGUGUGACAUACCGCAUAAGUGUGCAGAUUAAUGGGCUGGCUUAUGUGGUCCCCAGAAAAGCCAGAAAAGAAAUAAAUAGGCAGAGACCAAUGGAGAGGGAUCGGAGAAGUUUUUAAUGGAAAUGAACUCUAAUAUCAUGUGUUAUUUAAAAAAAAACAUACAUCCAAACAAAAUUCACAUCAACUUUUAUGUUUACUUCUUAUUCGUUAUUUUGUUCUGAUUCCAUGUACAUUCCAUUCAUAAAGACUGUUGAAUUUAUUAUUAUAUUUUGUAUCAUACAUUUAUUUUGUUUUUAUAACACACUAAUAUCCUACAUUUAUUUUGUCAUUUAACCCACUGUGAUACGCACCUCAAUCACAAUAAAUAACAUGUACAUAUAAAUGUUAAUAAACUUGAAGAAAAAGAAAUGCACUAUCUGGAUAUUACAGAUACAUUCAAUGCAACUUACUUGUCUUACGCCACAUACUCACUCUUGGAAAUUCAACAAAAGUGUAUUUUGAAUUUGUCCUAAUUUAUAUUUUAUUCUCUAUAAGUAAAGGUUUACCGGUACACAUUUACUAGGUUUUGCUAUCUAUUGAUGUAUGUUGGGACUAUUGUGAGGUUGCGAACAUGUACUCAUCUACUUUAAACUCAUGAGUCUCAUGAAGUUGAGUAUAUACUGUUUCAUUGGAUUUGUUCAGGCGACAGGCAAACUUCUAAAGGUGAACAUUUGUGCCAAGUUAUUUUAAAAUCGCCCAAUCAUGGCCAAGUCACAGCCUUGGACAUGAAUUGGUGAUGCCGUCUGUACUGUCUGAACAACAAUUCGACCGCACAAUGACGUACCCGAAUUUGGGACCAAUAGCAAAUUCUAGUCCCAGCCCCAAUCUAAUAAGCUUGUUAAGAAUGGAUGAAAAACAAAAUGAUGAAUAACUCACAAGCUUAAAAAAAUACACAGGAAAGUGAAAAGUACAUGUAGUAAAAAAAACCGGAUGAUCGAGAAUUGUCGAAAAUCGAUCUUUUACGAUUAAGGUCACCAAGAUCAAUUUCACAAUCUUGGAAUUGACUAUCGCUUUGUGACUUUAUUCUCUAAAAAAGGAAAAGGGAAAAGGGAAAGGAAUUCGUUAUGAUAAAUCAGCAGUAAUUUUUUUUUAUGUGCAGCUAAAAACUCGAGCUACCAUUGACAGCUUACUUCCAAAUAAAAAAUAGCAGAGAUUUCGCUUGCCUGAUCAUUUAUUAUUAUACACUGUCACAUAAACAUAAAUACGCAGCUCGUUAUUAUUUUAUACAGCAUGUCGCUAACAUUUCUAUGAACUUUUAUUAUCGGUUGUGUUAUACUCUCUGUAGCUAUAUGUUUAUGCAUGUAAUAUGAUACCGGGAGAUAUACAAUCAGGAAUAAAGCAAGUGAACGGUCAUCGUUGUUUCU